AUGUUGACACACAUCCAGGUAAUCUCGUGGCCAACAGAGAACCCCGGAUGCGUCGAAGACCCCUCGCGGAAUCUUGAUGCGAGACGUGGGGUAGCGGUAAUAGCCAUGCUGUACGCCGCAGGCGUCUUGAAUGAUCAGAGGCCAGGGUAUGCCAACGCUAUGGCCGAAGUCGGAGAAGCACUAUUCCACGGGGGCGCGUCCGAUGUUAUGCGGUUCCUAGAUAUACUGUUAGACUAUACCCCUGGCAGCUACUUUUAG